GAGAAGGCUGUGCUCAGCUGGAUCGUACUGUGAGUUCUUUUCCGACAGCCGACUCGUAAAACAAUCACUUGUGUCCUAAUGUUGAAUCACCUUCCCUUUUAAAAUCGUUCUGGCCCUUUAAGAAAGACACGCGCUCGUGCAUCCGGCAGUGGCAAAACUGCAAACUAUUCUAGAACGUCGCUCGCGUCCAGUUCGAAGAAGUGUUCGGCAGAGCGCGUGCAGGUGUCCUGCGUUGCGUCAUCAUGGACGCUACCAUUUGUCUUCUGUGGAGCUUCAGAUAAGACACCUUCAUCCUGUGCUUUUGGGAAUUAGCUGUCAUCACACCUAGGACUGACGACUGUAUAAUAUGGACACGCCCAAAUUAGUCUCCAUCAAGGAGGCAACUUCAGCUCAGACACUGGAAGAGUCAGAAGCUCAAAAAUACCAGGACAUCUGCCAGCAGUUUGGGUUUAUCCGCAGAGUAAAAGGAGAUGGGAAUUGUUUUUACAGGGCUCUCUGCUUUACACUUGUAGAAAGCUUGCUACACAGUGAAAGCGCUAUGCAAAGAUUUAGGGACAAGCUGAUAAGAAGUCACCAGGUGCUGCUAACAUCUGGCUUUGAUGAAAGUGCUUUUAAAGAUUUACUGAACACUUUUAACAGUGUACUGGAGCGACUUGAAACAGAUGCCUGUGAAGAGACUCUGUUAAGCCUUUUUAAUGACCAGGCUACCUCAGACAGCAUGGUGCAGUACCUGCGGCUGCUCACUUCAGCACACCUACAGAGCCAUGCCGAUUUCUUCCAGCACUUUGUGGAGGCUCCGAAUUUAAAGGUUUACUGUACUCAGGAAGUAGAAGCCAUGGCGACAGAAUGUGAUCAUGUGGAGAUCCUGGCUUUAUCUAAGGAGCUGGACAUUAGUCUGUGUAUUAUAUCCAUGGAGGGCAGUGAUGGCCACCUUACAUACCACACCAUUCCAGAGGGAUCUCAACCUUCCCUGUAUCUUCUCUACAAGACAUCUCACUAUGACAUUCUUUACAAGCACAGAGAACACUGGAAAUAAGGCUUGGACCAAACAGUCUGGAACCAAUUUUUUUGGACAAAAAUCUUCCACAAGCAAUUUUCCUUAAAAUUUGAAACAUUUUAUGCAAACGGCCAAUAACAAUCUUCAAACAUUUUUAUACAAUUUUUUCCGCCACUGACCAUAAAAAAAGAAACUUCUGUUAUGGUGACAAUGUCCUAAUACAAAAAUGCAUAAAGACAGUUCAUGCAUCACAACUGGAGCAAAAUGUCUUACUAUUUUGUAUAAAAGUUAAAUAUAUCAACUUCUGGUAUAAACAUCAUUACAUUUGCUGCUG